GUAAUAAAACGCAGGAUUAAUCAAGAUUUUUUGGACAAAGCUUCGUGUCCGGUAGCUAUGAACGAUUCGGUGCGUUACGAGCGCGGCCAGCAGAUUCAGCUGGGCCCCUUAAACGAAUCGCUGGAGGUGGAUGCGCUGCGCAGCGGGGAGGUGGAGAUUGAUCCCCAGGGCACGGGAAACAUACUUUGCACCCACGAUGGUGUGCUGCUGAAGAAAGCCAGUGCGGAGCAUAUCUCAGAGCUGAAUACUAGUGGGUCGCUAUCGCUAGUGGAGUAUCAGUCGCACCGUCGCCGCCUUUAUCUAGAAUGGCAUCCAAAUGACAGCAUUAUGAUAGCGGACGACAGUCAGGAUCAGGGCGAUUGGGCGCUGGUUGACAGAAUAUCAGGUCGCACACGGACCACCUCCGAGUGUCGUGCGUUUAAUACAAAGCCAUCGGAUGGGGCUGUUAAUGGCAACUCAGCGAUGGCUCGUGCCCGCACUAUGUGGGUGCUAUUGGAUGAUUUGUCGACGGUUGAGGUACGCCAUCGUGGGCAGACCAUUCGGUUCCUGCGAAAGAGCGAUCACAGUGUGCAUAGCGAGUUCUUCUUUCAGCAUGGCAAUGCGGAUCUAUUUGUGCGCUCCAUGCGACAACUUCAUUUCAUUGAGAGCUCCCAGACAAAUCGUGGUGGCGAGGAGUACGUCAUACUGACAACGGAGACACAGAAGCUGAAGAAAACCUUUGCCGAACUCGAUAUAGGCGAGAUCAAGUCGAGCCAGUUGCCCAAAGAGAGCUGGCUACCCAAUAAGUUGGCUGGCUUUCUGGGCAAUAUACCCGACUAUGUGCAGCCGCCGUUUCAACGUUCGCCCAAGUCUAGGCCCAGCACUUUGAUACAGGGCGACCGACAGAUAUCGCCAGACAACUAUCAAAUUAUUGGCCUCAGCGGAAGCACCAACAGUGCUUGUUCCUCGAACAGCCAGAGUCGUGGCGAUAGCGCGGAUAAGUCGCCGGCGGAUAGUGAACUGGAAAAUUUGAAUGCACAAGACGAGAAAAUCGUUAACAAUUUGCCCGAUCGCCAAAAUGUUCAGCGAGGUCCGCCUUUGAGCGAAACACAGUGGCUGGAGUUCCAGACGCCAGAUGGCCGCCUCUCCGACAGCGCACGCGUUAAGGAGAUUAUCUUUCGCGGUGGGAUUGUGAACAGCCUUAGGGCAGAUGUGUGGAAAUAUUUGCUGAACUAUUAUCAAUGGUCCGACACGGAACUGGAGCGCAUAGAGCGUCGGAAGCGAAAAUCACGGGAAUACUACAACAUGAAGGCCCAAUGGCUGGCCAUGACACAGACUCAGGAGGCAAACUUUGUCGGCUAUCGUGAUCGCAAGUGCCAAAUUGAGAAGGAUGUGAAGCGCACAGACCGCUCGCUUCAAUUCUUUGCCGGCGAGGAUAAUCCAAAUCUGGCGCUAUUGCAGGGCAUACUCAUGACCUAUGUUAUGUACAAUUUCGACUUGGGCUAUGUUCAAGGCAUGUCCGAUCUAUUGGCACCCAUACUAGAAAUUCAGGUGAACGAGGUGGACGCGUUUUGGUGCUUUGUUGGCUUCAUGGACAUGGUCUUUACGAACUUCGAUAUGGAUCAGGCGGGCAUGAAGACUCAGUUUGCACAAUUACGUAGCCUGCUUGAAGUCGCCAAUGCCCGUUUAUUUAACUAUAUGCGCACCCAUGAUUCGGACAACAUGUAUUUUUGUUUUCGAUGGCUGCUCGUCUGGUACAAGCGCGAGUUUAGCAACGAUGACGUACUCAAAUUGUGGGAAUGUCUGUGGACCCGCCUCCCUUGCCCCAAUUUCCAUCUGCUCAUCUCUGUGGCCAUUUUGGAUCAGCACACAGACGUGAUCAUCGACAGCAACUACGAAUUCACAGAAAUAUUGAAACAUGUCAACGAACUCUCGGGCAACAUCGACGUGAGACGUACACUCGAAAUUGCCGAGGCCAUCUAUCUGCAGCUGAAGGCGUCCGAAACACUGCCCAACGACAUACGCCAGAUCAUAGGCGAGCCAUUACUUCCAGCAGUUGCUGGCAGUGAUCAGGCAGCUAAUGAUGAAGAGGAAAUGGCGUAUUCCGAUGAUGGCUUCGACGAGUUACGUGAGCUAACACCGGAGGAGAAGCGACGCCAGCAGGAACUACUCGAGGAGGCGUGCGAACGCUCCCUGUUCCUUCAAUACGUAUGAUAUGGCUGCGUGGGGGUGGUUGCCAUUGCCUAAGACAAUGCAAGCGCAAAUUUUGUAGCGUCUAAGACUCAAAGUUUACUAUCGUAUCGUUGAUGCAGCUAACGUUUCGUGCCAGAGGCAUAGCUGGUAAAGUGCUUUAAUUGCUGAUACACCAUUACAUACAUACAUAUUAUAUAUACUGUAUAUUGUAUACAUAUUUGUACUUUUUGUAUUUAUAGUUGUUAUUUCCUACCAUUAUUAUUGGCUCACGAAAGCAAUUUUAUUGAUACAUAUUAUUAUUGAUAAGUUCCCAUGUACGUAAAAAAUUUCCUUUAUAUCAAUUUAUUCACACAAACAUUUUUUAAAAGUGUCAAUUAUGUCAUACUUUGGAUUUUCUUUCGCAGCUUUGCCCGUAAACAUUGUUAUAUCCUUGUAGAUUAUACAAAAAUAUAUAUCAAUCGAUAUUCAUAUUAAA